GAAAGUACCGAGGGGGAAACACUUUAAUAUGCACGUGUGUCGCGUGUAUCGCGUUUACCUUGCCAGCUGAACUUCCGCGUAACAGGAACAGGAUUGGGCCAGGCGUUUGUACCGCGACUGUCAACAAAACGAAGCGUAACAACUGUCAAAUCACUCGUCACCCAACAUCUCACCUCAUCAUCCUCAUGGUCUCCGAAUAGAGCCCCUAACACUUCGGUGAUAGCCCUAAGACCCUGUGGAACAACACCCAAUCACACUCCAACCACUCGCCCGUCAAUCUGGAUUCAUCAACUCUCUCUGCUGGGUCGCCAGCUCAAUAUCACGACGCCGUUGACACAAUGGGCCACGAUCUCUACCAAACGGCUCGGGAGCCUCAACAGGCCGAGCAGCAAGACGACUCCAUGGGGGGUCUCGAGCAAUCACAGACACCAACACCACAGUCCGGCCAUGACGUUCGACACCAACAAUCCCAGUCUGACCCUUCGGGCCACGAAUUUCGCCAUCAACAAUCUCAAUCCGACCCUUCGGCAUUCCAGUCAUCUUACCAGCCUCAACAACAGCUCUAUGAACAGCAGAUGAAUGCCGACCCUGCUGAACCCCGCUUCCCUGCUCCACAAGCCCCAGCAAACAACAUCCCGCGUCCUACUUCUGGCCUCUCUGGCGGGGGUGACCGAUAUGGUAAUAUGGGAACCACCUACCAGGAACAAAACUCUCGCGGUUCGUCUACCGCGGCGACAGAUACGGGCCGGAACAAGAACAGUGUGGUGAUUAAGGUCGGAAUGGUUGGGGAUGCACAGAUUGGCAAGACCUCCCUCAUGGUGAAGUAUGUCGAAGGCUCCUGGGACGAGGACUACAUUCAGACGCUGGGCGUGAACUUCAUGGAGAAGACGAUUUCAAUCCGCAACACAGAGAUUACGUUCUCGAUUUGGGAUUUGGGGGGCCAGCGAGAGUUCGUAAACAUGUUGCCCCUGGUGUGUAACGACGCCGUGGCAAUUUUGUUCAUGUUCGACUUGACAAGGAAGAGCACGCUUAACAGCAUCAAAGAGUGGUAUCGCCAAGGUCGAGGCUUCAACAAGACGGCAAUUCCGUUCUUGGUGGGAACAAAGUACGACCACUUCGUCAACUUCCCCAGAGAAGACCAAGAGGAGAUUUCUAACCAGGCCCGUCGUUUUGCAAAAGCGAUGCGUGCAAGUCUCAUCUUCAGCAGCACAAGCCACAGCAUCAAUGUUCAGAAGAUCUUCAAAAUUGUUCUUUCCAAGGCAUUCGAUCUGAAGUGCACCAUUCCCGAAAUCGAGAAUAUCGGCGAGCCACUCCUCAUCUACCAAUCAGUCGGUUGAAUGACCUGAUAAACCGGCGAAGAGACGAUUGGAUGCGUGAAAUGGCCUCAUCAUGGCUGAAACGACCUGAUAUACGAAGGGAUGAGGAACGAGGAGCAUGAUUUAUGGCUGACUGGCUUUAUUGUGACCCUAUGGAUGCUCUGGAAAUAGUUGACAAAAAUAGUAAGUCACGGGGAUGGAUGUAAAACGCGUCUCUCUCUGGGUAACGUUUUUCUGUACUCUACGGCGAUCAAGGGUGCAUUGUCAAUGGAGUUUUAGCUAGUCCAGCAAUAUAGGGGAUAGCUUAGGUUAUUGCAUGAUCCAUUGGGAUGUAACAGUAAUCACAAAUCUCAGCGAGAGAAUACAUCAGUAUGUUCCAUUGUCUUGCAAUCAGUGUGGAUUUAUAAAGAAUGAAACCCCCAUUUAGUUUGCCAAAGUUUUCUCCUCAUCGAUGCCCCUUUCUCGGGUGCAAUUAUACACGCAGCCUACGACUUGGCCUUUGCUGUUUCUGCCGCGGCACGUAUUUUUCUGUUCCUUCUAUUCCGAGAUUUCUUUGACCUUUUUCUCAUCCCCAUUGGAUUUUCAACUUUGUCAGUCGGCUGCGAAGUAGAAGCCUUGGAGGUUUGGCCUUCCCCUUCGGCAUUCGAGCGGCUGGUGGCCGUCGCCGGCUCGUCGGAAUGUGUCGCAGUUUCGGGGGCCUUGGGCUCUUCGGACUGCGUCGUACUUUCGGCGGCUGUUUGCUCGUCGGAUUGUGUCUUGGUUUCGGAGGUUGCGGCGUCCGGUAUACUACAGGAAUUCCCAGCGUCCAUUUCAAUUUCAGGUGCCAACGAUACUACCACAUGACCCUCAUCCAUGGUCUCAUGUGCGACAUGGUAUACAUCCGACAUGUGUUGCUCCGCAGAGAUGAAAUCACAGUCUGAUGACAGCAAAUCCUUAUCAGGCGUAGGUUGUCCAGCGGCCCUUAAGUCGGCCGAUCCAAGGCUGGUUGGAAAGGUCUCUGGGGAGCUCACUUCGAUCCAAUCAUCAGUUACGCUAUCGAGGGUUUUCGAGGUGGAGCCAGUAAACUCGGUGGCAGAAGAUUCGCCGCGUU